UGGUCCUCCAGCAGGGGGCUCCACAGUCCUCCUCGGCCCGGUGCUCCGGUGGAUGCUGACCCGUUCCCGGUGAUGGGGGAACGGAGGAUGUUCGUUGCAGGUCGUGAUGAACCCGUUUGACCGACAGUCGGAGGCGGACCGCGGGGACAGCCGGUGUCCGUGGGCCCGCUUCUCCUCCUGGCUGGAGUGUGUGUGUGUGGUUACCUUCGACCUGGAGCUCGGACAGGCCAUCGAGCUGGUGUAUCCUCAGGAUGUGAAGCUCACAGAGAAGGAGAAAACCAGCAUCUGUUACCUGUCCUUCCCCGACUCGUACUCAGGAUGCCUCGGGGACACUCAGUUCAGCUUCAGGUUACGUCAGUCGGUCGGUCGCAGAGUGGUGAGCUUCCGAGAAGACGUUUACAAUAGAGACGCUCCCGUCACGCUGCAGGUGAGACGCUGUGUGACCACAGGAAACAUGUGACAGGGAACACGUGACAGGGACACGUCUGCUGGUUAUCGGUCAUCGCUGGUGUUGGUAUCCAGGUUACCAUACACUCACCUGUUCCACAAGCUGCUGCAGAUCGUCGCACCUGAGUUUUUUGAGAAGUUGGAGCCCUGUUUGGAAGCAGUGUGUAACGAGAUCGACCAGUGGCCUUCACCUGUACCUGGACAGACCCUCAACCUGCCUGUGAUGGGCGUGGUCCUUCAAGUGCGGAUUCCUUCAAAAACAGACAAACCAGGAGGAAGUCCCAUCAGACAGACAGCCAAAGAGAACCUGCUGCCGGCUCCGACCCUGCUGCCUACCAUCCACGAGCUCGACCUCUUUAAGUGUUUCCAGUCGGUGCUGAUCCACCUGCAGAUGCUCUGGGAGCUCAUGUUGCUCGGGGAGCCGGUGGUCGUCAUGGCGCCGUCUCCCACCGUCUCCUCGGAAACCGUGCUGGCUCUCAUCAGCUCCAUCAGUCCUCUGAAGUUCUGCUGCGACUUUCGUCCGUAUUUCACCAUCCACGACAGCGAGUUCAGAGAGUACACCACCAGGACCCAGGCCCCGCCUAACGUGGUUCUUGGAGUCACCAACCCGUUCUUCAUCAAGACUUUUCAGAACUGGCCUCACGUCGUCCGACUGGGAGAAAUCAAGAUGGCAGGUGAUUUACCCAAACAGGUGAAGGUGAAGAAACUUUCUAAGCUGAAGACACUCGACACAAAACCAGGGAUCUACACGGCAUUCAAGACGUUUCUACACAAAGACAAGAUUCUGAUUAAAAGGCUGCUGAAGGGGAUUCAGAGAAGACGACCGUCAGAGGUUCAGAGCGCCAUCUUGAGGCGACACCUGUUAGAGCUGACUCAGAGCUUCAUCAUCCCGCUGGAGCGGUACAUGGCGAGCCUGAUGCCUCUGCAGAGAUCGGUGACACCGUGGAAGACUCCGCCUCAGAUUCGACCCUUCAGUCAGGAUGAGUUCAUGUCGACUCUGGACCACACGGGGCCCCAGCUCACCUCCAUGCUCAAGGGUGAUUGGAUGGGACUGUACAGGAAGUUCUUCAGGUCUCCGAACUUUGACGGAUGGUACCGCCAUCGACACAAAGAGAUGACGCAGAAACUGGAGAGUCUUCACCUGGAGGUCAUCUGUGACGCUGACCUGAUGAGUUGGACUAAAGACAAGUCAGAGGUUGAGAUCGUUGACUUGAUUCUGAAGCUCAGAGAGAAACUGAUUAAAGCUCGGAGGCAGCAGCUGCAGCUGAGGGACGGAGUUUUACAGAAACUGGACGAUUUUAUUAAUAAUGUCAUCAGCCAGCUGCCCGAUGACCUGCAGACGGUACUGAGUACACACUGAGUACACACUGAGGACACACCAAGUACACACUCAGUACACACAGUGUGUAUUCAGAGUAAUUUAACAUAUCUGACUUGUUCAGGUUAAACUCUUGUUUGUUGCCUUCAUUUUGUUUUUGUAUUUUCAUAAAGUUUACUGGAUGAAUCAAACAUAAACUGUAUGAAUCUUUCUGUUUGCUUGUUUUUGUUUAUUAAUAUUUAUAAAGUUGUUCACAUAAAAACACAAAGUUCCAUCAGGUCUGAUGAUUUUAGCUCAGAUAGUAAAACACAAAUGUUUAAUAUUCCACAUUAAAUCUGUGUGAACUGAACUCUGACACCAGGUACAGACCAUAAUAUUCAGCUGAUACAGACCAUAAUAAUCAGAUGUUAUUUUUCUAUCAGACUGAACUGAAUGUAGCACUGAUAAUUAACUGUAAUAAUGUGUUGUUUACCUUUAUGUUCCUCCGUCAGUCUGUAAAUAUUUAUUGUUGAUUUAAAAAGUAAAACCUGGAUCAUGGUCAAACU